CCCACACAUAAUGUACUCAACUUACAUAAAAUGUGACAUUUUUGUGUGCUUGAUUGCCAAUAUAAUUCCUCUAAUCUCACAAUAUGCAUGCACUAUACACUAGCAUCCUAAAUAAAUUAAAAAUCAGUCUGUUAAUUUUAGAUUGCCAUUGGUUGUUCAUAUUCUGGUUGGCUUAAUAUCUGAAAUAAAAUGGGGUUUAGUGACAAAUGUUAGUGAUAAUAUACAGUUAUUAUAAAUUGCAUUAUAAUUUGUAGUGACAAUAUAAUAGUGGUAAACUAACUUUAGUAUGCAGUAGGUUGUAUCUUAAGUGUAAACAUGGGUGCACAUGUACCUGAGGUAAUGCAGAGACUCAAAUUGUUCUUUCUGGUGACCACUGAAUCGGAAUGUUGUCAGGAUACCACGAGACUUCAUUCAUUCUUCAUCGCCUUCUCUCCUGUCCUGAAUAAUACUUCUGACCUCCCAUCUUUUGUGUAUUCGCCACUUGAGUUCAGAGAUAGCUGUGGUGGUCAUUCAGCUUGUUGAUCUAUCAUCUGGAGUGGGCAAAUAAGAGAUUGACUUUGGCAUUUUCUUACGCUAUUGUCUGAAGACAUGAAUGGACAUGUUCUCAUGUGGAGCAACAAAGUCUUCUCCGGUAGCGUUGGGGUUAAAAAAAAAAAAAAAAGUGCCGCCCCACUGCCACCCACCCCCCACCAAAUCUUUUUUUCCUCUUUCUUCUCUUGCACUUUAUUUGGUACCGUUCAUACCUUUCAAAUCCUCACUUUUUAGCAAGACAGUUAGCAAGAAUGUUUAGUCUAUAUGCUUGUAUGUCCUGCAACCCUACAAUUUGGAGAAUAAACGGAGGCUACUAUGUAGGUUCAAACUCCAUAAACUUACAAGAAGUCUGUAAGUCUGUAUAUGGCUGUGCGAUAGGCUUACAUUUAUGCAUUUUGCAGAUGCUUUUAUCCAAAGCUCCUUACAUUAGAGGAACAUAAGCAAUUCAUCACAGUCCCAGCAACAUUCAUAGUGUAAAAAGUCAGGUUUAUUAGAAAGCCAGACUAGGAAACAAGCUAGAGCUCAGGUUAUUUGUCUGUGCAUUUUAAUAAAUAUAAUUUAAUAGACACUCUUGUGACCAUCCAGUAUGUAGAAAGAGGUGUUGCUCUAAGAUGGCUGCAUAACAAAAGAUAAGAUGACUACAUUCGUCGUCAGUCAAAGAAGCUCUUUCACCUACUGCUUAGAUUGCACAUUUUCAUUGACGUUAGUAAUGAGUCAUGUCUAGCUUAUUUAGUCUCUGUUGUGAUUAGCCAUCUAACAUUGAGUCUAACAGUAGUUAUAUUUUAUUUAUUUAGUUAAAUUCAUGGGGUUUUUUUUUGUCUUUGUGCCUUGAUUUCUUUUUUUAUAAUAUGAGCAGAAGUGUUUUUAUUAGUAAGCCAGUAUCUGUGGAGAUUGAACAUGUCUGAACUUGUCCUCUUAGAGCAGUGGGGGAGGGGAGUGUCCGGUUCUACCAAAGCAGAAACUGCAGUUUACAAUACUCAGAGCAGGGGACGUUUGGCAUCCAAAUUUUCCAGCCUAACCAUUGGAGGGAGAAGUUAGUCCUAUUCAGAGUUUUAGGAUAGAGAGUAGAGUUUAAGUAUUAUUAUAGCAAUAGAUAGUCAAACUGGUGUGUUUCAGAUCCUGUGAGAAACUACAAGACAGCAUAUGACCGGAAGGUACUCCCCAGACCUGAACAAGCUCUUUUGCCAGUUGGCAAAAACGUGCCCAGUUCAGAUGGUGGUGGACGUUGCCCCUCCCCAAGGCUCGGUGCUCAGAGCAACAGCCAUUUAUAAAAAGUCUGAGCAUGUGGCUGAGGUGGUCCGACGUUGCCCCCACCAUGAGAGAACACCUGAUACUGAUGGAUUGGCUCCUGCUGCUCAUCUGAUCCGAGUGGAAGGAAAUUUACGUGCUACUUACAAGGAAGAUGACGUCACCUCCAGGCACAGUGUAGUGGUGCCCUAUGAAGCUCCUCAGCUGGGAGCAGGAUUCACCACAGUAUUAUAUAAUUACAUGUGCAAUAGUAGCUGCAUGGGUGGCAUGAACCGCCGGCCCAUCCUCACAAUCAUCACUCUGGAGACUCAGGACGGUCAGAUGCUGGGCCGCAGGUCUUUUGAGGUGCGUGUCUGUGCGUGCCCAGGCAGAGACAGGAAAACUGAAGAGAGCAACUUCAGGAAAGACCAGGAGACCAAAACCCCAAGCAAGACCCCCUCUACCACCAAACGAAGUAUCGUUAAAGAAUCAUCUUCAUCUACGUCUCGACCGGAGGGCAGUAAGAAGGCCAAGAUGAGUGUCAGCAGUGACGAGGAGAUCUUUUCCCUGCAGGUGCGUGGUAGGGAAAGAUUCGAGAUGCUUAAGAAGAUUAAUGACAGUUUGGAAUUAAGUGAUGUUGUGCCUCCAUCUGAUGUGGACAAAUACCGGCAGAAAUUGGUGUCAAAAAACAAAAAAGAAAGAGAUGGCCAAACACCUGAGCCCAAAAGAGGGAAAAAACUGAUGGUAAAGGAUGAAAAGAGCGAUUCUGAUUAAGAUGGCAGGAUGCUGAAAGAAAAAGCAAAGGAGAAUUUUGAUAUGUAUAUUUUUUUUUACUGCCUUUAUUUGACCAAAACAGCUUGUCAUAUAGGGAGCAAUUGGUGAAUUGCAGACCAAUGUGAUCCCUCAGUCUUGUAUGUUAUGUUUCAUCUUGUUCACUCCACUGGGACCUGUGCAAGUCAGCUGAUCCAGAAAAGUUCUGUGUGAGUAAGACUAGUAACAGCUGGGCGCUGUAGGUGGUGUAGUGCUCUUCCAGCACUGGAGGAGCAAUACUGGCCCAUCAUUUUGCAGAGCUGAUAAAUUAAUGUCCAGCAAUGAGGCAUAACUGUGUGUGGGAUUUUUUUAUCCUGUUGUGUAGGUCAGUGCAGGUCACUUGCCUCCUAACACUUAGUUUCCUCACUUUGGUAAGGUUGUAAAGGAGUUUGUCACUGAAUUACUAGAUGGACACUUUUUUAAAAAUGUAGUAAUGCCAGUAUUUUGUAACCUGUUUUGUAACCAGCAUUUCCUGAGUAUGAAUACUUGAAUGAAAGAGUAUGAAUAAUUAGAUGAAACAAGCAGCACUGGUUACAAGCCAAUAACUAUAAUAAAAACAACAAAAAAGCAACACUGUAUUUUGCAUUUGGAAUCCUUUUUAAGUUCAGAUACAUUACAGUUGUUCCCAUCUUUAUACCUUAAUGUAUAAGAAAAGAAUAUACCAUCUUUGAUUUCACUUGCUCGGAGUAGAAUAUGGGUCGAACUAGAGUAAAUUAACUUCUUAACAAAGCUUUAAAUUGAUCUGUUAUGGUCUGAAGACUUUGUACAACCAAUAAUAUUCUGCCAUCUGAAGUACUUCUUGAUUUACUCCUGUUAUUUCUUUUUUGAGUAAAAUGGCACAGAUAAACGCAUAACUAGCCAGUCAGAUUUACCAAGAAAUGAUUCUUGAUGUGUGGUGGUUAUGAGUUGGAUGCCUAAAUAUGAGCAAAUACUCAGGGCAUGUUUGAGUCCCUCCUGGUAAUCUUGAUAAAAAUAUCUACUGUUCCAACUUACUAUAGAUUUUUUUUUUUUAAUGCUGUUUUUUUUUUUUUUUCCUUUCACGUUACUGUACACGCAUAGUUUCCUUUAUACAUAUAUGCACAUGCCUUUAUUUGUAUCUGUGUAAGUUUUUUUUAAAUACACGCUUUUUAAAAAAUCA